AUGGCUAAAUGGGAAUCUGAUGAUACAGAAAAUGAAAUAAAACUGCACGAAUAUGGAAUAAAUUGGUUACCAAUAAUAAUGAUUCUUACGGUAAUUGUUCUUCUGCUUAUUAUUGGUCUCGUUAUUUUAUUUUUACGUAAACGACGCGCUUCUGGAUAUUAUAAUCCCGCAGCAACCAAUGAACCAGGAGCAACAAUAACAAUUCGAUCAUAA